UUUUGGUGUGGGUGUUUUGUCUUGCGAUGUCAAACGCUUCAAUGAUCAUUAUUUUUAAGUGGAUGUGGUAGAUCUAAAAAUCAGUGCAAAACGUUGAUAAACUGAAUAAUUAUUGUUCUGAUGAAGUGUUAGUGGUUCUUAUAUAUAAUUACGAAGUGAACAAUAGAGUGCAGUGAAGGCAGAUAAUAAACUGGUGGGGGGACUGUUAAAAUACUACGUUUAGAUAGUAACAACGUUUUACUACUCGUGAGGUGUUCGCUCAUAAAAUUUCUCAUCUCGCCGCGAGUGCGAUCCGGACUACCAUUUUGUUUUAUUAUGUGGUUUGGUUGUUUACGUGCAUCGUGUUCAUGGGAAUGGCAAAGGACGGCGCAAUGAGUGAGCCGUGGUAGCGGCGGUGAUGCAGCGCGCUCAGACGAGUGGCGCGGGCACGCAGCCGCCCAGCUCCACGCGGCAUUACCGCGCGCACUCGCUUUACCCUGAUAUAGACGAUCAGAUCCCAGCAUCGGUGAUUAGUAGCGUGGGAACAGUAAGUUUGUCACAAUCAAGUACGAAUCCAACCCCAAAUAUAACCAUGGCAAAUCCGACUACCCCCAAUACCAACGGUACUCAGCCCGUUCAACAAACUCCGACGCAGGCACCCAUACGCAAUUUGCCGAAGAAACGGAAAUUGGCGCCAUCUGAACUUGAGGAGAUAGAGAGGAAUUGCAUGAACAGCCUCCCUGAAAGGAAUCUUAAUAUCCAAGUGUCAGCCCCGUCAGUGGAAUAUACGCCUACGACGUAUCAGUCCAUGCUCCAACCUUCGCCAAUCGUGCGAUCCUCACCGCACGAGAUAAAACAAACAGAAUACAUAUCUUAUCCAAACAUAGACUUAUCCGAGUGGCGGGAUCACAGAGUCCUAGCGAAGCAGCGCGGAAUUUACACGCCGGGGGUCAUUCGUCAAGCUGAGGGUUGUAAAGUGAUAGUGGAAUUGGAUGGACAGGAAAAUGAAGCGAUUGAAUAUGUUAAUGUGUUUGGUGCAAAUAAGUAUGACGUUAUCAGUGAUGCGAGUCCACAAUUAAGUCACAUAUCUAUCGGGUCCUCGUGUGUCGUUAGGACUGAUGCUAGUCGGGACAGUGUGCAAAACGUGUUUGUGGAAGGUUACGUGUUCGAAAUACACAAUUCGCCUAUCAGGAUUCGUGUACAGGUCAUUGACGGUGAAGGUAUAAAGGACACGGUUGAAGUGAAAAGAGCGGAUAUCCGUCUCCUGCAGCCACCCUGGGCUGACGAGUUAGAAGACGCUGGUUCGCACGCGGCCAUGAUGCCCCAGCAUUUGCGGAUACAUCCCGUUUCUACCUGUGUGCCGUACUCCAUGGGCGGUGGGGAGUUUGUCACGUCAUCGCCUCUAGCUGGUGCAGGGCAAGUGGUGACAGUUGGUGCCCUCUCAAAUGGUUCUAGGCCAUUUGAUGAUUAUGGAGAAAGUGACGAUGACCUGCCAAGGGAGGAUAUCAUGUUUCCGACUGAUGCCUCACAUAUGGAUUGCAGCAAUAGUAAACGCAGCAGUCUCCAAAGCCGAGGAAGUACAUCGAGUCUCAUUGAGGGGAGCCUUACUCCGCGAUCUCAACCGCCUACACCCAGAUCUCAAGCAGCAACGCCACACAAGUACAAGAAGGGCGAUGUUGUAUCCACACCAACGGGUAUUCGUAAGAAGUUUAACGGGAAGCAAUGGAGGCGGCUUUGUUCAAAGGACGGCUGCACAAAGGAGAGUCAGCGCCGCGGCUUUUGUUCCCGCCAUCUAUCGUUGCGAGGUGUACCUAGAUCCUCCAAUACGCCGCUUGCGCAGGGCGCCACACAUACGCCCCAACAGAGAAGUAGCAGUAAAUCAUUAUCGUCGAGUGGUACCGGGAUCGAAGGGGACGAAACAUCUCGUGAGUCAGACACAACUCCGCCUAACUAUCGCGUUGCUGGGCGCUUUGACCCCGACGAAACCGAGGCCGCUAAUAUGCUGGUUUCCCUGGGCAGUUCUCGCUCAGGCAGUCCGGGAGCGUCUCCAGUAGGCGAUAACGUUUUCGUCCCAAUUUCCUCACCACAACCGCCUGCAGCGCCUCCACACCAUCUUAUACGGCCCGAGUUGGUGCGUCCAGGCAGAAUGAGUUCGCCAGCCGGUAUCGCCACAAGUGUUAUUAGACUAUCUCCAGCUCCUACUUACCAUUAUCAAUAUCAGGAGCGGAACGGCCCAAACCAAUCCACCCAAUCGAAUAUUAUAAGUAUACAGUCAUCCGGUAUCAAUAUACCCAGCAGUAUACAGUCAAACUUCACACCGCCCCUGAAUUCGACCCCGAAUCACUCUAUUUCAAUCAGUAUGAACCAAAGUUUGUCAAAUAUAAGAAAAGAUGAACCACACAAUUUGGUCUUGCAAAGAAGUAUUCCGGCAAAUGGCAUGGACAUAGACAUGUAUCGGGGUCAACAUUUGAGGAAUGGAUUGCAUGAUAUUCAGUAUCGACGCGAAGAGAUGACGUCGCCGGGUAACCAUGAAAAUUUUCAGAAUAGACGAGUCUCGGAGUACGACGACGACGAUCACUCCGUCCCACAAACGGAUGGUCACCGUGCUGACCCACGUCCCAUAGAACUCUCCGAGGCUCGAAUGGACGAGAAGAGAAUUGUCAAACCGGCCCCUUUACAGGCGCGUCUCGUGUCCCUGCUGGACACAGAUUCAAGGGAUUCGGUGAAACGUUACUACGUGAUACCGCAGAACAGUAUCGAGAAGAAAAUCGUGCUGAUUAAGAACGAGCCGACGGAAACUAUGCAAAUAGAUCACAAAGCGCAUCAGCUAGCAAUGCCGCUUAACGAGCCCGAGUCCGAACCAAGGGGACUAGACAAUUGCGACCAUGUAAAUAAUGUGAAUAGUAGUGCAGUUAUCGUCCACCCCAGUCAGCUGUUACCCGUAUUACCAGCUCCUAACCCACACACAGCUAUCAUUGUAUCCACAAGUGGGGUCAAUGGCAGCGUGUUUCCCUGGCAGUCCCUAGUGCCCCUACUGCGUGCGGCGUCUCCUCCUGCCGCGGCGCCCGCGCAACCCCCUUCGCCCCGGACACCCCGCACCCCUCAUACACCUCAUACCCCACAUACACCGCACACGCCGCAUAUUAAGAGUGAGGAAAUCAAGGCUGAAAGUAACGUUACAGAUACCGCAACAUCGAUGUGUACAGACGAAGACGAUGAAGUAUUUGAAUGUGAAGACAAUACUCCGAAUUGUGGUGAUAAUACUAACAAUCGCCGAACGCAGAGCCUGUCUUCUCUCAGUCAGCCUGGAGGACCAGAAAAGAAAGAACGUCGCAUCCGCCGUCCAAUGAACGCGUUUAUGAUAUUCUCUAAACGGCAUCGCCAAGUGGUCCAUCAGUUACAUCCCAAUCAGGAUAAUCGUACUGUUAGCAAGAUUUUGGGAGAGUGGUGGUAUGCCCUCAAACCUGAUGAGAAGCAGAAGUAUAAUGAACUCGCUAGUGAGGUUAAGGAAGCACAUUUCAAAGCACAUCCUGAAUGGAAGUGGUGUAACAAAGAUCGUCGUAAAUCUUCAAGCAGCAGGGAUCCCACGGGUUCUAUGCCACAGAGUCCUCGAACGCCGUCUGAUGUAAUGGCCAGUGGUUUGCCGUCUAGUGGACCUGACAAUACUAUGAAUACUAACUCAUACACUCACAUCGCAUCGCCUCAACUUAGCGACGAUGAACCUAUGGUAACCCAUACUACAGAAGAGCCUCCACAAGCCAGUGGAAAUGAGAUGGACCUGAAGUGCGGAGAGAAAGUCAACGAUUCGGAUUCUGAGGGCAUCGAGGCGAGAGAAUAUUUGACGCAUCAUGACCACACAAGGCGGCCUAAGGCUAUCAAGGCUAGAGCUGGCUCAUCUGAUAACCUACUGGGUAUAACAGCUUCGAGUCCUGGCGGGUCCAAGGUAUUUCAGCCCACGGGAGGUGCGUUUAAGUCUACACAUGCUGAUAGUGGAGAUAAUCACAGACAAUGGACAGCAUUCACAGCCGUAAAAUCAACUCUACCAGUGCCAAGUUCGCCUCACACAAGCACACAGAACAUCACUAACAGUGUUCAAGGGAUUUCUCUAAACGCACCCAAUAUAUCGACACAAACAGCACUAGAUAACGCAAUAGCGUCGAUAAUUAACAGUCCGUCGUCCAGUAGUGGUGUGCAAGUAAUAUCGACUGGAAUGUCUAAUCCUACUAUGUCGACGAGUGCCUUGAAUAAUGCACUUUUGAAGAGUGUCACACUGGUUAAUCGGAAUUUCAGUGAUAAUAAACCUACAGGACCAAUUACACUAUCGGUGGAUGCAUCAGGCAACUUGUUUAUAAAGACAAGCCAACCCAGUGAGCCAGCUAAUGAGCCAAACAGACUUCAUUACGUGCAGUUACAACGGCUUUACGUACCUUCAUUUACUACUGAAGUGGAAUCAAAUCAGAAUCAGACGCAAACCCAAACAGUCCAGAGUGCUCCUCCAUCUGUUAUAGUGUCACAGAGCAAUAACAACGUUAACAAUAACAAUGUGAACAACAACGCACCACAGAGCAAACCAACUGAAUGGGAUAAUGUGGAGGAAACUCGUCCUUUCCCUCUCGCACCUACUCCAGCGCAAUUGGGACGAGCGCCAUUACAAAAGAGGCUCAGUCGAGGCACUUCAACGGGUUCAACAGGUAGCGGCGAUCAGAGUGUACCGCGGUCAGACAGUAACUCCACCCCUUUUGAUACUCCAGAGUUGAUACAAUCGCCCAAGAAACUCGAGAACCUGCCCAGUCCAUUGCUGAAGAAAACCCUGUUUAAGAAAGGCAAUGAGGAUGGAAGGGAUAAGGUGCUAGAGACAGUAAACUUUGAAGCCAAGUUCAGUACGUUACCACAGUUCAAACCGGAUGCCUGCAGUCCCAGUGGUAUGGUUGUACCGCGAAGUCCACAGCUAUAUCUCAGAAAGAAACAUAAAAUUGAUGACGAGACAACCGUUGUGACGCCUCAAAUAGAAGCUGAGGUGCUUAAUGGAAAUGGAAUCCCGACUCCCCAUUCGUACGGCACGCCGCACACCACCACUAAACUAGUGGGGAACACUUUCUUCGGGCCCGACUUUAACAUUGACACUUUUAGAGUGUCAGAGAGCAUGGAAGAAAUGUCUCCCCGUACACCGUGUUCGGCACCUGGCUCUGCCGCGUGUUCGGGUGCGAGAGGAGAAGCUGGACACAGAAGAGUAUUGGAACAGAGGCGACAUCUAGUGCUCAAACUGUUUCAGGAACACGGCAUGUUCCCUACUACGCAGGCCACUACUAGUUUUCAGGCGGCCCACACAGACAUUUUCCCGACCAAGAUGUCCUUGCAGUUAAAGAUUCGCGAGGUGCGUCAGAAACUGAUGGCCCAGUCAAAUCUCACUCCGCACUCGGACGUCAACACGCCUACUAACAUAAAUUCUCCGCUCGUAUCCAGCACUUUGCAGCCCACGUCAACGGCCAGUUAGCGAUGCGGUUACACACUCUCCAUUGUGGUGCGUCAUUGAAUUGCAAGAUUUUUGACCACACCUUGUCAGAUGAGGAAUGUUUUUGGUUCGGUAUUGUUAUGAAGAGGAUAGACUAAUUUUAUUUGAAACACAUUUGUUUCCUUCUAGAACUUAUUAUUACUUCUUACUAAGGUCCAUAUUCUAAUUCGUAUUUCGACUCAUUCAAUAUCGUAUUAAAUAGCUGUCAAAUUCGAUUCAGAAAAAAUGUUUCAGUUGUGUCAGUUUGACAGUUCUUGAAUUAAAGCCAUUGACGUUCUACGGGCAUAAAUGUUAUAAAUUUUAAUUGCCGAUAUAUUCUUUAAUAUUAACCUGUGUACAUAUCAGAUCUUUAGUUCAAAAUUUAGAACUAUGUAUAUAGUCUAUUCUCUAUAAUCUGUGAUGUUAAAUGUUUGAAAGUACAGAAAAUUUGAUUCUAAUAGAAGCGAUACGAACGUAAACCAGUAAUUGUCUAACCGUCGUUCUACAUCAUCGUACUGCAAUGGAGCAAUUUUCAAUUGAAACUUGUGGUAUGCAUUUAAAAGAUGCUAUUGGUUAUUAGGUAACCAAAUAAUUAGAUUAAGAAAAAAAAAUACAAAAAAAAAUAAAAAAUGUUAUGUGCGUGAGUGUUAUGGUACGCGGUUGUGUUAUUCACAGUUUUAAAAUAUGCACUUUUCUCUAUUUCAUUCGGAUACAGCUUCAUACAGAUAUUUUUACUCUAAGCACCUCUCAGAUUUAAGCAGAUUCUUAACUAAUUAAGUCCGAUUUAGCAGGCACUAAUGAAAAUAGGUUGAGUAGGCGAGAGGUGAUAACAAUUGAUGUUAAAUAUGGGUAAAUUGUUUACCAAUUGCGAAUUAUAUGAAACAUAAAAUAACAUUUAUAUAUUCAUAUAAUUAUCAUAUACUCAAACGUGCACGAUCUCAUUGUUAAUUGUAUUUCGUUGGAAAUAUUUGUAUAAAACAUAUGUAUAGUACUGUAUGUAGUUAAGGGAAUGAAGGAUGCAUAUCCUUAACAUUUGGUUCUUUAUCAAAUUUCUGUCUGAAUAAGCAAGGGUCAAUCAAUCAGAAGUAGAAUUUUAAGCUCCGAGUUUUAUUGCUAUUAGUGUCUUUAGACAUGGUUACAUUCAGAGAAGUGUGAACUAACACGGAGUGUUCAAAAUCUGAUAACCGAAAGAGACACUUAGUUUUCACAAAGGGUUCCAUUUAGAGUCGAGAUUAAGUUUUUGAGGUUUUCACUCAGCCAAAGUCUCGACUUUUAGUCUAAUCCCUAAACUGUCUUAAAUCACAACUCAUAAAAGUACCAAAUGUUAUUUGCAAUACGGACUGUGUAUAAUGCCCCAUUCAACGUCUCGUUCAACUAACGCUAUUUAAAACUAUAAAAAGUCAAAGGAAACCCAUUGUGAUGCUUAAGAAAUAACCACAACGAAUUCUUAAAUAUAUAACCUUAAUUCUGAGGACUUGAAUGGGGCGAAAUUUGGUGCAAACAAUUGUUUAUCUUUAUAAUUUUCUAUUUUAUGUUGUGAUGUUCGUCUUCCACGCGUUUGAAAAAAAUAUCAUUUUAUAAAAUGAAUUACUACUUAAUUAAAUCUUUAUGUACAGUGGUGUAAGUGGCAAGUGGUCGAUUUGUUGCCAUGUAAUAUAAGUUUUUUAUUUUGUGGUGCUUAUUUCGUAGCAACGUACAGAGCGACAUCUGUUUAAUUUAAAAGCUAAUUUUAGUUUUGAAUGAAUCAUUCUUAAGGUAGAUGUCGCUGCUAAUUUUUUAAAGCUUUGCUGAUUACGAAAAAAUUAAUUUAGGAAUAUGAAUGUUACAGUAAAACUUCAAUUUUCUAAAAUAUUUUUUUAUUAUCUUGCUUAAACUUUGUAGAUUUGGCUGUUAUUUUUAUAGUUUUAGAGAUAUAUAAAUAUGGACAUUUCACAGAAUCAGCUCAAAUCAUUAACGAUACUAGCUAAAUCAAUAUUUAUACAAUCUCACUGUAAAUAUUAGAUGAUAUUUUAACGUAGCCUUAAGUAUUCCUGGCUCUCAAAGUAAUUAGGGUUUUUAUUUAGAAUGCUAAUUUUAGAUGAGAUAUAUUAUUUAUACUCGAAAAAUUUUCGGCCAAUACAAAUGUUUAUAUGAAAAAAAUUGUAUUUUUAAAAUGAUCUCUUUCGAGUUAGAAUAAUUGCUUUAGGAGUCCGGAAGUGGAGAGAAUUUAUUAAAUAUAUAAUGUAAGAGAAUAUUUUCGCACUGUUAAAUCUUAUCUUUAUAGGUGUAUGUGAAAUGUGAACGUAACGACUUUACAGAGAUCCGAAUAUAAACGAGAUGCGGUUGAAUUGUCUUAGAGCAAAAAAAAAAAACAUCUAAACGAUCUGGCACGAAGGGCUGAUCAUGCUUAUGAAUAAAAUUUAUCAAUGAAACAGCUUCAGAAAUAUGAGGUUAAGACCAA